AUGCAACAUAUAGGACGUCAUUUCUGCGCCGCUCGAUCAACGAGCAGAUAUGCUCGAUUUCUCAACAAAAGCAAAAGCCCUGUGCAAUAUCUGCCAGGGAUACAAAGACUGACUCGCCAAUUCGCUACAGACACUGUGCCCAGAGUACCUCAUCUAGUGGCACAAGAUCUCAUUGACUCUCAACACCUGCACCAUGUUCGCGAUGUACAUAACCACCUCAAGCAUGAAGGGAUCCUCAAAAUCAGCCUGAAUUUUCCUGAUGACAACAGUCGCUACUUGGCAAGCCUUAUUGUCAGCCUGUCAAAAAACCAUGGUCAUGGCCUCCCCAUCACCCAUAGCGCAUCCCGUGGCUGGUUCUGGGACGUCCGCCCCAGCGAGACCACCUUUCAGACCGAGAAUCACCAGGCUCGAUCAGAAACAAUGCAGGAAUUUCCCUGGCACACAGACUGCAGCUACGAGCACGCCCCACCGCGGUUCUUUGCGCUUCAAGUUCUCCAGCCCGAUCGCUACGGUGGGGGCACUCUCUCCGUCAUGAAAAUUGAUCGACUGAGCCAGUUUCUCUCCCCGGCCGCCAAAGCAGCUCUCCAUGAACCGGAAUACCAGAUCACCAUCCCACCCGAAUUUAUCAAGAACCCCGAUCAACGUCAUAUCGUGGGUAGCCUAUUUGCCCUUGACACACAAGAUCGGGGUCAUUCCCUCAUGAUGCGAUACCGUGACGAGAUUGUGACGCCUUUGAGCGCCAGGGCGGCUGCGGCGCUGAAGGAGCUGAGAGCGGCCUUGCAGGACCUGGAGGCACUGGCGCAAUCCACGUUGCACCUUACUCCAGCUGACCUCCCUGCAAGAUCAAUCAUUCUCCUCGAUAAUUAUCGGUGGCUGCAUGCGCGGAACAGCAUCAAGGAUCCAGCGAGGCAUUUACGUCGGGUGAGAUGGAAUGCCAUUCCGUUUGCUAAUAGUGUUGUCUCCUGA